CAGUGGCAGUUCAGAACCCGGCCAUGGCGGGUAUGCCGGUGCAAGUCGCGCCAAGACCGCAACAGGGGGCGAUGCAGAGACCACCGCAGAAUCCCCAAGGUCCACCACUGCAAGCCCGUCCGCCUGUGGCGGGGCAGAUGCAGCAGCAACCGUUUGGGCCGGCACAGAUGGCAGCUAACCAGCAGGCAUUUAAUCAGAACAUGGCGCUUGCUGCGGCUGCUUUUGGUGGUGGCCCUAGAGACAGUGGUGGACAUCAGGAGCAGCAGCAUGAUCAGCAGUAUCCUGGUCAGCACGAUCCAGUUGUACUUGACAACUCGACCGCCGACGCGUACUUUGCGCCACAGUCGAGCACGAAUGUGGAGACUGUGAAUGUUAAUUUCGACGCUUCUGUUUCGGUGUAUAAUACGAAUAGCUCGGCCAUGGUGGCCGAGUCGGGGUAUCUGGACACCGGGUAUGUUGACUCGGAGUAUGCAGACGCGGGUUACACAGGCUACGUCGAAUCUACGACGGUGGUAGAUUUCAACAUGAGUGAGACGGUCGUGGCUGACACUUCCGUUUAUGGAUAUGAGGAGAUGGCUGUAAGUAGUGACGUGUGGAGUACGGCGGCGGUUGAUUACUCUGGUGGGGAUUGGGGAGAUGAAUGGUGAGGUGGGAUGGAGGUUUAACCAGAUGGUGUUGUAGAGCAGUAUCUCGUGGGAUAGAACUCGAUAGUGCUAUUUUGGGAGGGAACAUACCGUUUAUACAUAGUCUCCAGCUCAAAUUUACUGGGCUUGGG